UGAAAUUAUUGUCCUAAUAAAUAUCUUAUCCGCUGUCCACACGGUAGUUCCCCCAUUAUAUUCUCACUUUGAAGCUCGGAAUAUUCCUUUUUUUCAUAUUGAUUAUUUUCUGGGGCGAUCAUUGGUGUUUCCAAAUAUCGAUUUUUUGUAGUGACUUCUUAUUCAAUCAUCUGUCCAAAUUCAUUUUCCCAGUUUUAUCGCUUUGAGUGUCAAAAAACUUGUCGUUGAUCAAUGCAUUUGAUGCUUUUCGAGGAUACCCAUCUGAUCUAUCUCUGCAAAUUGAAAGGACAGAAUUAGGGUUUAGAGGCAAACGAUGAGUCACCACCGGCGUGAUUCCGGCGGAGAUGUAGUUCACGUGAUACCCACAAACAACCCUCCGCCGGAGAAUUGGUUUCCGAAUGUCGGCGAUAGCGCCGUCUGGGCGACGGAAGACGACUACAAUCGCGUCUGGGCGGUGAAUCCGGACGGCGAGAAUGGUCCUCCGAACAAGAAAAGUCGAGGGUCUCCGUCGUCCUCCGCCGCGAGCAACCGUACCAAAGCGAUCGGGAAGAUGUUCUUCAAGACGAAGCUCUGCUGCAAGUUCCGCGCGGGGACGUGUCCGUACGUCACGAACUGCAACUUCGCUCACACCGUGGAGGAGCUUCGUCGUCCGCCGCCGAACUGGCAGGAGAUCGUGGCGGGAACGCCCACUACGGUUGAGCAGAGGGAAGAGUUUCAGAUCCCGUCGACGGCGGACGAGAGUGGGAGGUCGUUUAAAGGAAGGCAUUGCAAGAAGUUUUACACUGAGGAAGGGUGUCCUUAUGGAGAAAGCUGUACUUUUAUGCACGAUGAGGCUUCCAGGAAUAGAGAGAGCGUUGCCAUUAGUUUAGGCCCUGGUGGUUCUAAUAGCAACCUCCUAGUGCUUGGUGGAAUUGGAAUUCAGAUUGUGAAGCCUUCAAACUGGAAGACAAGGAUUUGCAAUAAGUGGGAGAUUACUGGUUAUUGUCCCUUUGGUGCUAAGUGUCAUUUUGCUCACGGAGCUGCAGAGUUGCAUAGAUUUGGUGGAGGACUUGUAGAAGGACAAGGCAAAGACGGCAUAUCGCCUAAUCCAGACGUAAAGCAAACAGGACCAAACCCAAAAGGACAUUCAGACACAACAACUACACUUUUAUCUCCAGGACUUCCUCAUCAUUCAGACGCUGGUUACCACAGUGGAGUAGCAUUGCAACGAGCUUCUAGUGCGGUUACGCAGAAGCCUGGGAUCAGAACUCUUCAGAAAUGGAAAGGACCGGGGAAAAUCAGUCUGAUAUACGGUGAUUGGAUUGAAGAUAUUGAAUGAAAGUUAUCUUCUACUUGAACUCCAGUGAUAAAUGAUGAUGGUACAGUUCGUUUGUUUGUUUGUUUGUAGAGUUUUGUAUCUUUGUAAUGGCUUGUAUCUCGUUUUAUUGUUGUUGUACAUUAUGACUGCUCUAAGAAGUUGAAAUGUCAUCUUUGAUUCUCUGUA